AUGUGUGGUGGUAAGACGAAAUCACCGUCGUCAUCAUCGUCGUUGUUUUCCGGUGGUGGAACAGCUGUGUCGGAGGGCGGAGAAGAUGACGGUGAUGAUGGAGUGGCGGGUGAUUGUUCUGGUGCUUCACCUUCUUCUGAUUGUUUUGGUGAUGAGACCGGUUCGUUUGAUGGUAUUGGUGACUGGUCCGGUUUAGAAUUUGGUGUUGGGAUGAUUUGGUUGGGGCUUGAACCGGUUCAAGAAUUGGUGUUGGAGCUUCAAUUGGUGAUGAAAUUAGUGAUUGGUUCGAUUCAGAUGAUGGAGUUGGUACUUGGGAUGUUUCAGAGGAUUUGGUUGGGGCUUGAACUGGUGUUGGAGCUUGAAUUGGUGACAAAGAUGGUGCUUGAUAUGAUUCUGAUGAUGGAGUUGGCACUUGGGUUGUUUCAGAAGAUGGGGUUGGGGCUUGAAUCGCCUGAAGCUAAUGACAGAGAUGAAUUUCACAUGGAAGAGAUGCUAAGGGAGUGGACCGACGAACCACCAAUCCGCCACGAUGUGUACCCGGAGAGUGAGAAUGAAGAAAACGACGACGAACCUGGAAGAUUUGAUACACAUGUAAGGCGUGGUGAUGGCCAUUUGUACUCGAAGCAGAGUUUCUUCAGUGGAGUUGCAUUCAAAGAGGCGGUUGUUGAUUACGCUCUCAGAACCGGAUGCAAUCUGAAGCAGUACAGGUAUGAUAGUGAUAAGAUUGGAUUCAAAUGUGUUGGAAAUGAUGGUAAGGAGGAUGGAGCUCGGUGUGAAUGGCAAGUUUAUGCGGCAAUACUUCCGAAGGAUCAAAUGUGGAAGAUUAGGAAAUUCAUUGACAAACAUAGCUGUAUCCCAAAUGGAGAAUGUGAGAUGUUUAAGGUGCCUCAUAUAGCUAGGUUGUUUGUCGACAAGAUUAGGGAUAAUCCCGAGUUCUACAUGCCGGCAAAGAUUGAAGAAAUCAUCUUGGAACAAUGGAAGAUUAGUGUGACUAGGAAUCAAUGUCAGUCUGCGAGGAAGAAAGCGUUACAGUGGAUUGAGAAGGAAUAUGAUGAUCAAUUUGCAAGGCUAAGGGAC